AUGACUGUCAAGAAGUCAACCAAGACCAGGGGAAUGCCAUGCUUUGACGUUAAAACCAAGUUUGGAACAGAGAAGUGUCGCUUCAGGAGUCUAAAGAUGUGGAAAAUGCCAUGGCGAAUGACUUUUAAGAUCUUGGAGUUUGUCUUCUACCAGACGAAUCACCAUCAUUCAAACGUAAAUACGAUUUUAACUGAAAAUCUUGGAAACAAACAUAAGGGACUUGUCGCUGCUCUGGGAUUAUCAUUUGUGUAUACGGUGAUACUGCUGACCGGUUUGAUUGGCAACAUGUGUACCUGCAUAAUCAUUCGAAAAAAUGCGUAUAUGCAUACAACUACAAACUUAUAUCUAUUCAACCUUGCUAUUUCGGAUAUGAUGAUUCUUUUCGUAGCCUUACCACCGGAGAUGUAUUCUAUUUGGGAAGCGUACCCGUGGCGGUUUGGACAAUUCUUCUGCAUCAUGAAAUCGUUCAUAAUGGAGACGACGUCGUAUACGUCAGUAUUGACAAUACUAUGUUUUACAAUUGAGCGGUACAUUUCCGUAUGCCAUUCGGUCAAAGUUAACAGACAACAAAACACAACUCGCGCAUGUAAAUGUAUUGUUAUCAUAUGGGUUAUAUCCGCGGUCAGUGCAUUACCAUUUUCUAUUCACACAAGGACGUUCUACUUCUUGUCUGACCCGCGAACUGGAAGACCUGUUGAUGAAUCAUUGGUGUGUAAUAUACCUCACGUUUGGCAGGAUACGAUGGUAACUGUGUUCAAGCUGUCUACCUUUUUCUACUUUGUCCUUCCAUUGGUGAUUAUAACCAUGAUGUAUGUAUUAAUUGGACUUAAGCUGAAAAGAUCGGAGACUCAAACCACUGGAAGUCCGCAGUUUGCCAAGUCAACGGUAUCUAGCGCACGCGGGGCGGUCAUACGAAUGCUUGUUGCCGUUGUUGCUGCGUUUUUUCUAUGUUGGGCACCUUAUCAUGCACAAAGACUGAUGACGUUGUAUGUGAAACACUGGAACGCCUCGCUACUGGAAGUACAAAGCAAUCUUUUCUUCGUAUCAGGCGUGUUCUACUUCUUCAGCUCGACGGUAAAUCCCAUCCUAUACAACGUAUUGUCGAGGAAGUUCAGACGUGCCUUUAAAAGAACACUCUGCGAAAGUAGACCUUGCUACUUGUUGCAUAUACUCAAGUAUGGAUUUCGGGACAAUGGUGCAAACGAAAACGUCUCGAAUCAUGUGGACACCCCUGCACAAUGUAUUCAGGAAUGUAUUCACACCUACGUUGACAUUCUAUCCUCAGAGGAGAAUCAAUUAUAA